UGCGGUGAUAGUAAAGGGGCUGCUGGAUGGCAUGUCCAUCAGAGAAAUGCUUUGGAACGCAGUAAUUUGGUGUGACGUUAACACUCCAGAUGGAGUCGACAAUGCCAGCGGAGGUCAUGGAGGUGCACCCGGAGGCCCAGGAAGUGCAACCGAAUGCGCUCCAGGAAGUACACCCGAAGGCGCUCCAGGAAAUGCACCCGAAGGCGCUCCAGGAAGUGCACCCGAAGGCGCUCCAGGAAGUGCACCCGAAGGAGCUCCUUCUGGCAAACCAGGAGGUGCACCCGCAGGAAAACCAGGAGAUGCACCCGCAGGAGGUGCACCCGGAGGUGUACCUGCCGGCAAACCAGGAGGUGCGCCCGGAGGUGAACCAGAAGGUACACCCUCAGGCGAACCAGGAGAUGCACCCGCAGGCGGUGCACCUGGAGGCAAACCAGGAGAUGCACCCGCAGGUGAACCAGGAGGUGCACCUGCAGGCAAACCAGGAGGUGCACCUGCAGGCAAACCAGGAGAUGCACCCGCAGGCGAACCAGGAGGUGCACCCGCAGGCGAACCAGUAGAUACACCCGGAGGCGAUGCACCUGGAGGCAAACCAGGAGGUGCACCCGGAGGCGAUGCACCUGGAGGCAAACCAGGAGGAAAC